GUAGGAUUCCCAAGUUCGCCGCUGUCAUGCGCAACUCUGGCACUGCCAUGUUGGAUCGAAACCGAGUUUAGAUGAAAGUUUAGUGUGUUGUGGCAACUGCGGACCCGUACGGAUAUUCAGGAUCGCGUUUUAUUCAAUAUCUCCAGGACCAUUACGCCGUCUGAAUAGAUCCAUCGCGAAAGAGCAUACGUUACAGGUGUGGAAAUGAGAGACUCUGGAUACAAUCUGCGGUGAUUGGAGAUCAAUGCACAUAUUUUCUGUUUAACACUUCCUGAUCACCACUUCACAAUAUCGGAUUGUCAAAAAUGAGCGGACCACCUCCAAAUAGGAGGCCUUUGAAUAACGUUGGCUCCUUGGUGCUAACCCCGCAAGAGAACGAACUGCUGUUCAACCAUCUGGGCAGGAAAUGCUCCAGCUUGUGUGCGGCUGUGGUUCAGGUCUACGGAGCAGAGAGAAACUCCUGGGCAAAGAAAUGCUGUGGUGUGGCCGUUCUGGUGAAAGAUAACUCGCAGAGGUCUUACUUUAUAAGAGUGUUCGAUAUCAAAGAUGGAAAAACAUUGUUUGAACAAGAGAUUUACAACAACUUCACAGCCACAGGCUCCAGGCCUUACUUUAUCACAUUUGCUGGAGAUACAUGUCAGAUUGGACUCAAUUUUGCCAGCGAGGAGGAAGCAAGGCGUUUCCGAUCGGAAACCGGUGAACUUACGGUCAGAAGACAGAGAAAAACCGAAAAAAGACAGGUGCCGUCUAAUGGACCUUCGGCACCGCCCGGACCUACAUUGCCAAUGGCGACAGUGGACAUAAAGAACCCAGAGAUCAACAGUCAGCGUUAUAACAAUAGCUUUCAGAUGAACAAUGUUAACAGCAACUUCAAGAAGAAAGACAAGGGCAAAAACAACAAGAAAAAGAUAUCCAAAUCUGAAAUUGGCACUCCAAGCAAUUUUCGACACGUUGGACACGUAGGCUGGGAUCCAAACACAGGCUUUGAUUUGAAUAACUUGGAUCCAGAUCUGAAGAAUCUCUUUGACAGGUGUGGCAUAUCAGAAGCUCAGCUCAAAGACAAAGAGACAUCUAAAGUCAUCUAUGACUUCAUUGAGAAACAAGGAGGAGUAGAAGCUGUAAAAAAUGAAAUGCGACAUCAAGUUCCUCCACCCCCACCUCCACCAUCAAGAGGAGGUCCACCCCCACCUCCUCAAAGCACAGCAUUUCCACCCCCACCUCCCUCGAGGGGUCGAGGAGCACCGCCCCCACCCCCACCCUCAAGAGCCCCCAGCAGCGCCCCCCCUCCACCACCACCCUCUCGACCAGGUAUGGGAGCACCACCACCUCCUCCUCCCCCCAGCAGAGGGCCCACAUUGGCUCCCCCUCCACCGCCCCAUCCCGUAUCCUUUUCUCAUCAGGCUCCCCCACCUCCUCCUCCAUUCGCAGGGGGCGGGGCACCACCGCCUCCGCCCCCGGGACCUCCACCACCUGCACCUCCUCCAUUACCAAGCAUGGACUCUGGAGAGCCAGCGGGAGGAAAAUCUGCACUCCUAAACCAAAUUCGUGCAGGGGCACCGCUUAAGAAGGUGGAGCCGGAUAACAGGCAAGCCGUGUCUAGUGGAGGUCGUGACGGACUUCUAGACCAAAUACGACAGGGCAUUCCGCUAAAAAAUGUAACAGAUACAGACUCGGGCCCGGCUAAUUCUGACUCCUCAGCUGGUAUUGUGGGGGCAUUGAUGGCGGUCAUGCAGAUAAGGAGUAAAGCCAUCCACUCAUCAGAUGACGAUGACGACGAUGAUGAUGUUGAAGAUUUUGAAGAUGAAGAUGAGUGGGAGGACUAAUGAGGAUCUUCUACUGACUACAGUCGCCCAAAAGAUUUGAGACACUACAUAGAUCUUGUCUUUCCAAAUCUUAAAGCGUUAUAAUGUAAAUGACCGAUUUGCUGAACAUUUUUGUUUGCUGAUCUGUGCAAUACCUCAUUUAAUCUGUAAAAAUGACCAUUUUCCUUUUCUGGAUUAACGUGCGAUUUACGUCUUCUUGAUCUGUAGAGUUUUUUUCGGGUCUUUGUUUUUGACAUUUGUCGAAGGGAAAUCUAUAUAAAGCAAGUCUUUAAUGUUAAUAAUGUGACUCAGUGCAAGAACACUAUUUUCAUACUAUUUUCAUACUUUAUCUUUUCUUAUUCAGAUCCUAGUUAAGCACUAUUAUUUUUCCUAAUUAAAGCAUAUUUCGUUUCUAAUUACAUCUGAUCAGAGACUCGGUUAAUAUUUUUUCCACGAACCGAACAAUGAUAAAAAAGACUUGAUGUCGAUUUAAGAGCAAUACCGCAGCAUGUUUACACAUUAUGUGAUAUCUACUCCUUCAGGAUUGCCCAUAACAACACUACAGCUUUUGCUAAUGUACAUCUUUGUGCCAGUUUGCAUUUUAUUGACAAUCGAAUUAAUGUGUGCCAUUUUUAAACAUCUAACACACCUGAAGCUAACAGUUUCAUACACUUUAACUAAUAAUGCGAUGCUGUUGUUAAAAUAAAGUCAAUGGAGGACCUGCGGGGAGUUAAAUGAUCGCAGAGCUGUUUAAGAUUAGCUCUGAUAUCUGUGACGGGUUUUCUCCUUUUGUUUUAUGCACGGGUUUCUUUGCAACGACACACACUAGAAACAUUUAAAAUGAGGUUGAACAAAAAAUGAUUAAAAUUGUACACUUAAAUAAAUGUUAAUAUUUACAAAUACUGAA